UUCGACUCUUAUCUCCCUGCGAUCUCCCUUUCGUUGACUCAGUGGCUUCCUUCGCGGAAGCUGCGAUUAGUCUUUGAGGGAGAAGAACGAAUUGCUCCCCGACAGGCUUCGGUUGCUAUUUCUUCUGCGUUCCGAUAGCAUCCCCAUUCUUCCUCUCUCUCUCUCUCUCUCUCUCUCUCUCUCUCUCGCAUUCCCUUUUAGACCUCUUUGCUACUUGGACUCGGCCCUCUGUGUUUCCUCCUCUAACCGAGCUGAUCCCUUCCGAGCUUCACAAAAUUUCAAUCUUUUCUGAUUUAAGCCCAUUAAAAGGCACCCAGCUUGUUCGUUUCUCUUCUUGAUCGUUCUGUUGUUGGGUGACUCGGAGAAAGUGAGAUUUUGCCAUCCGAUUCGUCUUUUUUCUCUAAUAUUUUCCUUUUAUUCUGCCAAAAUUUUGGAUUUUUACUAGCAUCUUAGGUGAUUUCAUCCAUAAAAAUCCCCCUUUUUUUAGCUCAUCCGAAAUGGGUGGCCGGUUCAGCCGGAGGCCCACCAUGGUGGCGGCCCGCCAGGAUAGCGGCAGCGGUGGCGGCGGCGCCCCCUCCGACGCUGGCCAGAACGGUAUUCCGUACACGGCGGAGCUGAGCUACUACGAGGCGGCGUGCCGUGAAGACCCUGACCUCUGGUCCUUCGAUGCCACGCUACAGCGGCGCACUAGUCACGCCAUCUCCACCCUCGCCCUCGGUGUCGAGCUCCGCUCCCUCUCCUUCAACACCCUCAGUGAGGUCACCGGCUGCCUCCUCGACACGAACAAGGAAGUGGUCGAUGUCAUCCUGGAGUCCAAGAAGGACAUCUGGAAGAACCCCGAGCUCUUAGACCUCGCCAACGACUACUUCGAGUGCAGCAUCCAGACCCUCGACUACUGUACCGAGCUCGAGAAGUGCCUCAAGAGAGCUCGCGAUAGCCAUUUGAUAAUUCACUUCGCUCUCCAGCACUUCGAGAAUGAGAACAAGGACAAGGGCGAGAUGGAGAUCGAAGAUGGGAAAAGGAAGUACGCGAUGACAUUAGAGAAACUGAGACAUUUUAAGGCUGCCGGAAAUCCAUUCACCGAAGAAUUCUCUCAGGUGUUCCAAUCUGUUUACAGGCAGCAGCAGCUAAUGCUGGAGAAGCUGCUGCUGAGAAAGAAGAAGCUCGACAAGAAGCUGAGAUCCAUCAAUGCAUGGAGGAAGGUGUCGAACAUAAUCUUUGUGUCUGCUCUCGCAGCUGUCGUUAUAUGCUCUGUUGUAGCGGCUGCUGUAGCUGCGCCACCCGUUGCAGCUGCCUUGGCUGCUGCAUGCACCAUUCCGAUCGGUUCGGCUGGAAAGUGGAUCAACUCACUGUUAAAGAACUACCAGAAUGCUUUGGGAGAAGAGAGGGACCUUCUUUCUUCAAUGCAAUUUGGCACCUGCAUUGCUCUGAAAGAUUUGGAUACCAUAAGGGUGAUGGUUGAUAAUCUGGAAAUUCAUUUCAAUUCGCUGUCGGAAGAUGCAGAUUUUGCCCUCAAGGAUGUGGAGGCAAUGAAGUUUGCAAUCGAGGAAAUUAAGAGGAAGUUGGAGCAGUUUACGACGAGCAUCGAGAAUUUGGGAGUGCAAGUUGAUCGGUGCAGCAGGGAUAUAAGGAAAACCAGGACAGUGGUUUUGCAAAGGAUCAUGAAGCACCCAAUUAAGUGAGGAAAACAAAAAAAAGAACAACUUGUGAUGGCAUUCACUUCUCCUGCACAAGGAGCAAGAUAGUGGUUAGAAGAGAUUGUUAAGGUGAUAAGAGAUUGUUGCUGACAGAGUUAGGGAAGGAGUCAUCUUACGACAUUGUUGCUGCCGACGAAUGUCUAUGAUCGAUCUUCUUUUCACCAGGAAAUCCAGUGGGACUAAAAAGACCACAAACCUUAUCGACAACGAAGGCAUCCAUCCAGCAUAACAUCCUGAGUGAUAGAAGGUCUAAAUUUAGGAUCUCAGCAGAUCGAUCGACGCUAUGUGAAAUUAAAUGUGUUUAUCACCUUGUAAAAUAACAAACCAGCAUAGUCUGAACUACAAUAAAAAUAGUACCCAAAUGCCAAAGACAAUAUAUUCAAAUAGGAUUUUUCCAAUCAAUUAUUUUA